AAUUUUGCAAAUGUUAUGCACAAUUGAACCAUUUUUCUUAUUUAUAUUUUGUACUCCUUAGAAGAACUACUAUGAAGUAGUUGAUAUUUCUUUGCUAUGCUUUGUUACUGUUGGUGGGUUAUUGAUGUUAUGCUGUUUUAGCCUUGGAGUUAUGGGUGAUUCUUGGAAUCUUUGAGUUGGGUGCUUGAAAUGUUUUAGCUAUGAUUCUGUUCUGCGCUCUGUUUAUGGAGAUUAUUGAAAAUCUCAACCUUUGGGUAUUUUUAAGAAGAUAAGAUGGAAGACAAGUGUGCAAUCAAGAAAGAUGUUACAGAACUGAUAGGCAAUACCCCAAUGGUAUAUCUCAAUAAUGUUGUGGAUGGUUGUGUAGCCUGUAUUGCUGCCAAGCUUGAGAUGAUGCAACCAUGUUCCAGUGUUAAAGACAGGAUUGGAUAUAGUAUGAUAAAAGAUGCAGAGGAUAAGGGUCUGAUUACACCAGGGAAGGUUGGUAAAGAAAUCUCUACACAUCUCAAGACUAUUCUCAUGGAGAUAACUAGUGGCAAUACUGGCAUUGGGUUGGCUUUCAUUGCAGCUGUCAAGGGUUACAGACUAAUACUUAUCAUGCCAGCUUCAUAUAGCAUUGAGAGAAGAAUUGUGUCCCUAGCUUUUGGAGCUGAGUUGCACCUUACAGAUCCUACCAAGGGCCUUGAUGGUGCUUUUGAGAAGGCUGAUGAGCUCUUAAGCAAAUUCCCUAAUAGUUAUCUGUUUAAACAAUUUGCAAAUCCUGCGAACCCACAGAUCCAUUAUGAAACCACUGGCCCAGAGAUAUGGAGAGAUUCAGCAGGGAAAGUUGAUAUUUUGGUUUCAGGGAUAGGGACUGGGGGUACAAUAACUGGUGCAGGGAAUUUCCUGAAGGAGAAAAACCCAGAGAUUAAGGUGUAUGGGGUAGAACCGGUUGAAAGUGCAAUCUUGAAUGGAGGACAACAAGGCAAGCAUCUGAUUCAAGGAAUUGGUGCUGGUUUUAUCCCUGAUGUUCUGGAUGUCAAUGUGUUUGAUGAAGUUAUUCAAGUUUCAAGUGAGGAAGCUAUUGAAACUGCGAAGCUGCUUUCCCUGAAAGAAGGUUUGCUGGUGGGGAUUUCAUCUGGUGCUGCAGCAGCUGCUGCAAUGAAGGUGGGAAAGAGGCCUGAAAAUGAUGGAAAACUUAUUGUUGUGAUUUUCCCCAGCUCUGGAGAACGUUAUUUAUCUACUGCACUCUUUGAUUCCAUUAGGAGAGAGGCGGAAAACAUGACUUUUUAGUGAUGUCUUUAUUUGUCCAUUUCGCUGUGCUGGUUUACCGAAAGAAUAAGAAACUUGCUAAUGAAAUGUUUGCAUUGUUUAUGAACAAUUUAUUUUAUUUA